GUCAUAGGAGAUCCCGUAACAGCAUGAAAACAAACAUCUGACAUGUAGACGAAAUACACGAAAAUUCUCAGCUAUACUUUUUGCUCACGUGCCAAAGCAGUUUAUGGGAGAGAAAAACUGUUACCAAGGUUACACCUGUCCGACGCAUGCAUCCCAUUGGCUGAUUCAUGGCAGAUUUAACAUUGAAGUUGAUAUGGUACAAGCUAGGAGAGACUUACUCAAAGAUGGCGGAAGCCGGGGCAAGCAUGCAAAGUUGGUUUAGCUGGGAAGAUCAUUUCUUGGAUGUUUUGUUAAUAUUUUGGAUUUCGUUUGGUCUCCUGAUUGUAGGUGUGAUUAAUUCCAUCACAACAUUCUUUGGACCUUUGCAACCCCGGAUUUCGUGGGAGAAACCCAAGGAUGGAGUGUCAACCACGGUCGCAGUUGCUCAGGGGCCCCAUCAGCCGGAGUCUACUUUCUGGUUGAAUUCGGCGCUCAACUGGUUUUACUUGCAUUACAACCAGUUCCCCCAGUUUGUGGAUGCUUGGGUUCAAGCUUUGAAUGAACAAGCGAAUAAACUUGGGGGUCCUGUACAACUGCGUUUUGAACGCGUACAAUCAGGCAGUUUACCGCCAAAGUUUGGGGAAGUUACUUACGAUGCUGGACCAGAAGAUAAAUAUGUUCUCAAUGCACGAAUUGACUCUCGUGAUCUUUCGUUUGCCGUGUUUGCUUCCCAGCAGACUCACGAGGGUGUUAAACUCACGAACCUGGUUGUCACAGUACUUAGACUCAGAGGACAGUUACGUAUUCGUUGUUUCCGGCAAGGCAAUGACAUGAUGGCAGAGAUUGGCUUCAGUGGACGACCUGACAUUAAAGUUCAAGGCAAACCAGUUAAUCCUUAUAUGGAUCCAAGUGACAUGGUAGACGUAGGAGUUGUUCAGGAAGUCGUCAGAAACACGAUAUGUCUUACCAGCACAACGUUUAACCUGUCCGACUGGAUCAAUCAACCAGUGGGGCGUGACACAAUUCCAAUACAGCGUCAACGCUCCAAUGAGAUGGCCAGGUCAUCAGAGAACUUACAGCACCCUGGCUCCGCCCCCCAAUCUCCAAGACACGCCCAACAACAAGGGCAGGCAGAAGUAUUUGAGGCGAAGGAAGUUCCACAGACUCAGACAAGUGCUUUCCAUGUGCCAACUCUACAGACUCCAACCAAGAUCCCCCAGAGACCCAUGCAGCCUAAAGGUCCGGGUGAUAAACGCCUUUUUGUGAAGGUCAUCAAAGCUAGUGGACUUAAACAGAAUGCAGGUGCUGUUGAUCCAUACUGUGUUAUGAGUGUAGACACGCCCCAGCAGACGGAGAUUACUAAUGUAGUGAAGAGUACAUACAACCCUUUCUGGGAUGAGCAAUUCUACUUUGAUGUGAGCAGAGACACUCAAGAGAUUAGAUUUGAAGUUCUUGACAAGAGUCGCCCUCAGAACGACAACUUCCUAGGUGAGGCGGUUGUAUAUUGUGAGGAUCUGGCCAGGAACCCCAGUACUCGUCAGAUCAUACCAUUACAGGGCCGACUAGGUGUCGGUGAAUUUGUGUCUGGAUCUGUUACUGUGGAGUUUUUAUACACCGAUGCAUUAGAUACAUCUAACACUCCACGGCGGACAGUUGAGACAUCAAAGUCAAUGACCCCUGGUGGUACCCUUGUAACUACAACAACAACGACAACUCAACGACCUCAAAACUCGAGAUAUGAUGCUACCACUGAUGGUUCCCCAAGCUACAUAGAAAAAAGAACAUUUGAUUAUAAUUCCUCUAACCCAGAAAUGGGAACUUCAGAAGUAGUUCACAUUAAUGGUGUAGAGUCUGUCGCUGAAACUGCUAUACGUGCCCUGUCAGAACGACCGCCACAAUCUGAACGCUCAAAAUCGGGAAAGAAAACUCCCGCCAAAACCUCCACAUUAAUAAUUACGGGUGUAAAAAGGCUGUUUAUUUUUUUUAAUGCUUACAAAGGAGGUCAUUGUACCAAAGAUAAAGACUAUAGAAAGUUCCCUACUGAUGAAGAAUCUAGUAGAUUAUCAGCACCAAAUAUAAUAACCGAAUCACCAGAAAUAUCUCAUCCUCCACAAACUAAAGAAAGGAAAUCUUUUGCGGCACGUAUCAAGAAGAGAUUUUCCCGCUCGAAGAAGCGAUCUCUGAGUGCAGAUAGGGCAUCAAGCUCUCUAAGAGAGGGGUCUAAUUAUUUACAGCCACCUGGACCCCACUCGAAAGUUUUAAUGCUCACAAUAGACAGUUGUUCAAUAGAUAGUGAUUUGUCACUUACCACAAUUCAAACUUCAGUUGCAUCUGUUAGAGAGAGGAGGAGUUUAUCAUUACGUGACGGAAAUUCCUCAGAUGCAAGUAUUGGAGAUGACAUUGACCUACACAGAGUUAAGCAGAACGAGGAGAAUACACCAAGCCUGAAAAAGUCUAGAUCUCUUGGGGGAAGUCUUAAAAAGUUAUUCAGAAGGAGCCGUAAAAGGUCAAGGUCACGUGGACGAGGGGAACAGUCGAGGGAAAGUUCAGUAUCGCGUCAGUCACGUCAUACAUCACAGGGGCCCUCGAGGGAGGGGUCAUUAACUAGAUCAUCUCAACAACCUGGCCAACAUGAUACUGUUAUAUUAUGAAAAAAAUAUAUCUAGAGAUUAAAGGUUAUUUUGAACAAAUUUAUUGUAAAGACUAUUCUAAGUUUAGAGAUUAUAUUAAGUAUAUUUUACGUGUCUCUUAUGUAGGCUAGAAUUCCAAAAAUAGUUUUAUAUUUAAGCUUCUUUUUUUAUAUUUGCUUUUUUUUGCUGUUUAUAGCAGUUUAAUUUAUAUAGAUUAUUUUAAUUCAUUUCUGUUUCUGGAGCAAGAAAAAAAGAAGGUAUAUGCAUUAUAAUUGUAGUGUAUAGAGAUUAUCUUGAUUCAUUUCUGUUUCUGGAGCAAGAAAAAAAGAAGGAAUAUGCAUUAUAAUUGUAGUGUAUAGUUGUUGAGGUUUAUAUAAUCCAGAACACUUCAUAUGCUGUCUGGUUUUCACAGACUUAUAUUGCUAUAUAGUUAAUCCUCUUAGGAGUAUUAAACUUUGCUAUGAGCAAUUACUGCAACAAUUAUACUGGUCUUUAUAACAUUACUGCUUUUUUCUACUUGAAUUAUAGCAGUUUGGAGACCAUAAUAAGAUGACAGCAGUUGAGAAAAGUAAGAAAUACUGUGAAAUCAAAUAAUUUUGUUGGCGUUUGAUUUCGUGGUUUCGGCCAAAACGGCAUUUUUGUUGGGACACAAAUUUGUGGAUUUCAGAUUAAGGGGAAAGGUCUAUGAAUGGAAGAUGUUUUUUGUUUGGUAUGAAUACAUUGCCUUGAUUGAAGUUAAUUAUGAAAUCCAUAAAAGUCCCCCAAGAAAAUUUAUGAUUUCACAGUUAAGUGAACAAAUGUAAACAGAGGAAUAUAAAAAAAUAUUAAAAGCUUUAUUAGAAUAGGCAGAUUGUAUUCCCCCCAGGCUUAGAACUUAUAACAUAAUGCCUUUAUCAGGCAUUCUGUUUGAUUCAUAAUAGAAUGCCUGGAUAACUCGCUUGAAGUAAGGGAGGGAACUCUCACUGCACAUAUUUUGGCUUAUAGUUGAUAUAAGCUCUAAUCAAAAGCAUCAAUGUGUUUGUGAAUAAAAGCUGCCAUGGCAACAGACAUUUUUCAUACUUGAUUGGACUGUAUAUAUUAAUUGAUGUCUUAUUUAUUUUCUAGCAUAGCUGCUAGUGAAGCAGGUUUUUGUAUGUUGUGAUAGUCAUGUAGAAGCAGAAAGUUGAAAGAAAUGACUUUUAUUUCAAGGUUAUUUCAAGGUUACACAUAAGAUUUGUUUAUAUAAGAUCACAUGUUGAUGACACAGUCAUAGUUUAUUAGAGUGUGUGAGUGGAAAACACAUAUGCAAAAUAAGUAUCAAUACAAAUGAGCCGCUUCAUGACAAAACCAACAUAAUGGGUAUGCGACCAGCAUGGAUCCAGACCAGCCUGCGCAUCCGCGCAGUCUGAUCAAGAUCCAUGCUGUUCGCUAUCAGUUUCUCUACUUGUUAUAUAGUUUGAAAGCGAACAGCAUGGAUCCGGAUCAGACUGCGCCAAUGCGCAGGCUGGUCUGGAUCUAUGCUGGUCGCAAACCCAUUAUGUUGGUUUUGUCGUGACACGGCUCAAAUGUAUAAUGAUAUAUUUCAAGUGUAUUUCAGAACAUGACCUUGAAACCUUUGUGUUACCAUAGAUACCAUGUCCAUACUUUAACACCAUUUAUUUAUUGAUUUAUAUGUUGUUAUAAUUUUUGUACCACUUAUAUUUAUCCUUGAUUUCUUGCCUCUAUAUUAUCAUGUGUAUUUUAACACACUUAUGCUUCUUGUAAUGUUUGCUGCAACAUUUAGUUGCUAUAGCAACUUGUGCAAUUCUAAUUUAUAUACAGUUGUGUUUAAUUUUAUAAUUCAUUACAGAUUAAACAAAGUGUGAUUUGAGUAAUAAGAAAUAACAUAAGGUGACAUGAAAAACAUACCACUUCACAGUAGCAUUAUAAACUUUGUAUAAACAUCAAGUUUAACUUUAUAUAGUUUUUAGUUUUAGACUACAGUAGGCCUGGAGGUUAUAAAACUUUUCUCUAAGAUCAGUCUCGAAUCUCAGGAUUUUCAUUGGACAGUACAUAUUCUAUGCUUGUUUCUGACCAAUCAAAUACCUGAGAUCUGAGUUUGAGACAAGGUGAUUUUUUAUAACCUUUGACCUAGGAUAUCAUCAUAGGAAAUAUAUAAUUGUUUAUACUCCAGGAAGGUGAUAUUGUUCUAUGAUUAACAGUUUAUUGUUAAAGUAUUAGACACUUACUGUUUUUUUUAAAUAUGUUAUUCUAGACUUGUUUAUUUAGUGUUAAACAUAUAUUGUUUAUGUUGUUUUUAAGAUUUUAUGUUGUUACUCCUAACAUAUUCACUACCUGUGAUUUUUUUGCCCUUACCCUAACUUUUAUGUUGUUUGUCAAAGAAAGUUUCCUGUGCACAAAUGUCCUAUUACAUAUAAAAACAUGGCCUGUCUGACCGCUCAAUAUUAUUAUUUUGAUAUUAAAAAAAGUUCUCAAUCAAAUCAUAUGAACAUUAUGAAAUUACAAGGUAGAAGUCAGUCAUUUUUGGAGUAAUUUGUAAUUGCCGGUUAGGUAUCCAUGGAAGCUGGUUUGGUGGAUCAACAGCUGAAAUAUGAACAAAAGCGUUAAAAUGGGAGUAAAAAUUCAGAAAGACAAACAAAACAAGUCAGUUCCGGGAAUGUGAUUGGUAAAUGGUCUAGAAAUAGAGCUGGCUGGUGUUUGAAUGCUUGGUGCCUUAACAACAACAAAUAUACAAUGUUUGUAGUUUAUACAUUACCACUUUUAUUACUUUUACACCAUCUUACAUAGUACCUUAGUUUAUAGUAAAAGUGAAUGAUAUACAUUAUUAUGUCAUAGUCAUGAACAAAUUAUUGCAGUAUUUAUUUAUACUGUUGCUCUGAGGUAUGCUUGUGAAGCAACUCGUAUGAAUCCUUUUUUGUGCAAUAUAUUUUUUAUUUAAUUACCAGUUUUGUUUUGAGUACUUUAUGUUACAUAAUCUAUUCUAUUUCUAUUUCUUUACACCCUUACAAAGCAUUUAUUUCACUAUCAAUGUAGAAUAGCUAAACACAGUAAUGGUUUUGUGUUAUAACUUACAUUAUAGACUUUACAUGGUUUACUGCAUAAAAAGUAAAGUGUUUAAUUUUCAUGAGAAAAAAUUGUAAAUUCUGUAGAAAUCCUAGAAUGGAAAUAUUCAGGUUUUUUUAAGCUUGCAUAAAUGCAUAUGUGUCUAAGGUGUGUGUUUAUGUGAGUCAUAUAUGUCAGAACUGUCGUUUAUAUGUAACCAAGUUACCCAUAAUGCCAUCUGUUUAGGAAUAAAAGAAAAGAAAAAAGGAGCAUAUUAUAGAUAUAUGAAUUAAGGUCAGUAGAAUUGUAGGUUGUAGAAAUAAUUUUUGUUAUAUGAUAAUUAUUCAUGUUUUAUAUUUGCAUUUAGACAAGGAAUGUUGUAAUAUUGUGUGAAUCUGAUGGUGACAGCAAAAUAAUAUUAA